AGCUUAAAAUAUUUUUUCUUGUUCCAGACUUAAAAAUGCCCCAGUGGGCGAGUGCGGAGGGUGGAGGCUCAGAAGCCGAGUCACCCGACCAAGUGAUGUUGUACUUCGAAGACGAAACCUCCGAGUACUACGAUAAUAAACCUGACAUUGCUGAUAAAAUUGAACAAGCUGGAGAUUUUUACGACAGCGGUAGCGGUAGUGAUGAGCAAGUUGUGCGCCGCGUGAGCCGGCCGCGGCGGGCUGCGGCCGGGUCGUCGUCAUCAGCAGCCAGCAGUACCGGGCCCACGGGCCCCGGCCGACGACGACGAUGCGGUAUCUCAGCGCGAGAGCGCAACCUACGUAGGCUCGAAAGUAAUGAAAGAGAACGAAUGAGAAUGCACUCUCUGAACAGAGCAUUUGAGGAUCUCCGACGAGUAAUACCACACGUCAAGAAAGACAACAGGAGUUUAUCAAAAAUUGAAACUCUUACUUUAGCCAAAAAUUAUGUAAAGGCCCUAACUAAUGCAAUAUGCACAAUGAGGGGUGAAGUACCACGAUACCAAUUUAAUAGUGACGACGAGAAUGUAGAGCCUGUGUUCGUGUUAAAUCGAGACCAGGAACAAAACAAUAACGUGCCAAGUGAUCAGGACCGAGAAGACUCCAGCCCUGGCUCCAGAAGUUGCCUCUGA